UGGUACGACGUCUGUUGGAAGUGACAAAAUUACCCCGCUACUACUUCAUAAAAGUUAACAAGUAUACUACUAGUAAAACAGCUACGCACAAUAAUCAUUACCAAAGUCCUGGAUUUGAAAAUGUCGUUUCCGUAACAUCCACUGACUGGGAAGCGGUUCCCACGGACGGAUCUGAGAACGGACCAACCGGAAAUCGGCCCUUUCCAACCGGAAACUCUUCGUUCCAGUGUAUGGGGGGGGGGAAAAACUUCCCAGCUGUUCGUUUAUCAUAACAAUAUAUUUAAUAAAUCGGCGUGAUUAAAACAUAAAAACACAGAGUUUUCUCGCUGUUUACUUAUUUUCAGGAUGGUAUUUUACUUUACAAGUGCAGUUGUGAGCCCCCCUUAUACCAUCUAUAUGGGGAAGGACAAGUAUGAAAAUGAAGAUCUUAUUAAAUACGGAUGGCCAGAAGAUAUAUGGUUUCAUGUGGAUAAGCUGUCCUCUGCCCAUGUCUACCUGAGAAUGCCAAAGGGAUUAACAAUAGACGAUAUACCUAAAGAGGUUUUAAUUGACUGUGCACAGCUUGUGAAAAACAACAGCAUCCAAGGAUGCAAGAUGAAUAAUAUAAAUGUUGUCUACACACCAUGGAGCAACCUGAAGAAAACAGGGGACAUGGACGUGGGCCAGAUUGGCUUUCAUCGGCAGAAGGAUGUGAAGGUCGUUGCAGUAGAGAAGAAAAUCAAUGAGAUUGUUAAUCGGCUGGAAAAAACAAAAGAAGAGCGAUUCCCCGACCUUGCAGCAGAGAAGGAGUCUCGGGACCGAGAGGAGAGGGCAGAGAAGAAGGCACAGAUUCAGGAGAUGAAGCGGAAGGAGAAGGAGGAAAUGAAGAGAAAGAAGGAAAUGGAAGAGUUGAGGAGUUACGAAUCUCUCAUGAAAAAUGACAACAUGACAACCAAUGAGGAAGGAUAUGACUCUGAUGACUUCAUGUGAAGACAGAGCAUGUUAAAGAACACUGAGACUGUCUGGUUCCUGCCUGUUCCCCUGAUUCCAAACCAAAGUGCAUUGCCACUAUUCAUGCAAGUGAUUCAUGUGCCAGUGAUAUUUUCAGUGGAGACGACAUGGUCUCUGUUUCCUCAGCAGCCAGCUCUAAGGGGCUGUGGUACCCGGCACUAUGCAGCUUUUUCUUCUUAUAUGACAGUGUGUCACACAGGUCACAGCACCUGGCAAACGGAAUGGAUGAUGUCACUCAUCUCAGUGAUUAGAGGUGUUUCUACUCUGGUGAAAACCAGGUCCUGCUGUUGUAAAGCAAGAGUGACGCUCUGGUGUGGUCAUGAAACUGUGAGCAUUUGUUACAUCCAUUUUUCCACAGUGUUGUUUGUUUGUUGCUUGAUUUGCAACCUGUCAUGGGGUUUCAGUAUAGGUAUUUCCAUGGCCUGAGUCAUCACUGAAUGGUAGAUCAGUGGGUGGCGGAAUAAAUGUACAUGUGUUGUCACAUUCUUCAGUCUCAGUUAACUAAAUGUCUUUUUUUGGCAUAAAUUUUUUAAAUGUAAAGUUGUUGAUAAUAUUAAAAGCCCUGCCAAAACAGAAAUAGACAAACUGUGUUUUAUUGCAAGGAUUUCUUGAUGAGAAACUGAGUAAACCAUUUUGACUGAUA